CGAAUCUGCGUCCAGGAUUUUAGGCGCUGUUUGACCUCACGGCACCCACGUGUUCUCGGCCGCCAAGCCGCCGCUUCGCCUGUCCGGAUCCCGGCCGUCGUCCCCGGACUGGAAACGCUUCGCCGCUCGACCGCAUACGGGCGGCUGAUGGGAGAGCUCGUAACUAAGUAAGAAAUCAGGCUUGGCUGGAGAUUCUCAAGGAAAGGCUGGACAACUUCAUUUCCAAGACAGAAAGGAAACUCAUGCAUCAGAAAAGUGUUUGCAUCUACCCUUUUUUCAGUGGCAGUGGCAGUACUAGAUUUUGAAUUCAAAGUGUUGCACUUUCCAGAUAGGAGUGACUAAAAAACAUAUUAAAAGAAUAUGGCUGCACAGAUACCAGAAUCUGAUCAGAUAAAACAGUUUAAAGAAUUCCUGGGAACCUACAAUAAACUUACAGAAACCUGCUUUUUGGACUGUGUUAAAGACUUUACAACAAGAGAAGUAAAACCUGAAGAGAUCACCUGUUCAGAACAUUGCUUACAGAAGUAUUUAAAAAUGACACAAAGAAUAUCCAUGAGGUUUCAGGAAUAUCACAUUCAGCAGAAUGAAGCCCUAGCAGCCAAAGCAGGACUCCUGGGCCAGCCGCGAUAGGAAAGUCCCAGUGGACGGACUUCAAUGAAGCAUGGCCAACAGCCAUUGCACUGAAAAUGAGGAUUCAUCUCGUAGAAUCCUCUGAAAGCAGUAAGCACCCUGUUAAGCCAUCUGUCAUGGCUACUUGGCAAGUGGAAACCAGUGGAGAUACAAAAUCAUUGUUCCCCAGGAAUAAUCAAAAUAGAAGGUCAUUGUUCAGUGAAAAUAGUAAGAUGCAACAUUUGUUGAGGCCUUCCUUAAGAUUCAUGGUUUGGUCACUUUGGUUAGAAAAAUAAACCAUUGUUUCUUCAUUCGUGACUGUUAAUUUCAAAGUAAAAUAUGUGUCCAAUCAUGUAUAAGGUAGAAAAAAAUUUUAUUACUAAAAGUAAAAUAAAUGGAAGUAUCACUGAGCAGUUGUUUAUACUGUAUAGGACACAGUAUUCUGACUGGACUGUGGAUACGUUGAAAUGUUUUCAAUCAGAAUCAUCCUCCAAGCAUUCCUGUUCAUUCAUGUUUGCCUCAAAUUGCUGGUAAAUACAUAAAACAGUUACUUGCUAAUCA